AACACGGCGAGGAUAAAGCAAGAUGGCGUCUGACGGUGAAGACGUUAUUGCAGUCGUCACAGUUCAGUGUUCUUAAUCUGUGCCUCCAUGUACACAUAUAUGUCCUUUAUUACACUCUAGUAAAUAGAGUAAACAUCCUUAAUAACUGUUUGCAUCCGGUUGUAUUAGUCUGAGCGCACUUUGAUGCUUCUCCAGCUAGCUUAGCUUGCUAGUUAGCUUAGCUUGUUAGCUGCUAACAAAGAGAGGCGGAAGUGAUCAAAACACAUCGCUAAGCAGAGAUCAAGUGUGAGUGUAAAGUGUUGUGAUUGUGUGAAAAUGUGCGAAAGAACCAUAGCAGAGUACGAGGAGGAACUUUGUCCAACAAAAGAGGAGAAGGAGCGACAACAUCAAAAACAUCAAGUUGUGUUACACAGAACGGACAUCUAUCAGCUGAUUGGACACCAAGAAGAAUGUCUCCCUCAUCUGCAGGGGGACAGUUUCACUUCAGAGUAUCCACAGCCCUCACAUUUUAAAGGGGACAAGGAGGAUCCACAGCCCUCUUAUUUUAAAGAGGAAGAGGAGGGAGAGUGUCCUGUAGGGCAGGAGGAGGCUGAUCUCAGCAAGUUUCCACUGACUGUUGUCUCUGUGAAGACUGAAGAGCAUGAAGACAAACCACCUGAGUCCUCACAGCUUCAUCACAGUCCAAACGUCUGUGAAAAAUAUCGUCCACCUGAGCAGCAGGAAGGGUCCUCCAGUAUGGAACAGAAGAAGUCACAGCACUUCCACGUGAAAGAAGAGGAGCCACAGCCCCCCCACUUUAAAGAUGAAGAAAAACAGCGGCUGUCCCCCCACUUCAUAGAGGAAGACAAGAGACACCUCAUCAGUGUGAAGAGUAAAGAUGAUGAGGUCAAAGGUGAGAGUGAGGAGAAGUGGAGCUUCAGGAUGCUGACGGAGGAGCCACAGCCCUCCCACAUUAAGAAGGAAGAGGAACACCCACUGACACCCUAUUUUAAAGAGGAAGAGGAGGAUCCACUGAGCCCUCACAUUAAAGAGGAAGAGGAGGAACACAGCAUCAGUCAGCAGGGAGAGCAUCUUGAAGGACUGGAGGAGUUUACAGUGAUUAGUGUGAUUGUGAAGAGUGAAGGUGAUGAGGUCAAAGGUGAGAGUGAGGAGAGGGGAGGGGGGGAGCCUCCAAGCAGCAGCUCAACUCAACACAUGACAACAGAAGCUGAUGGAGACCACUGUGGAGGAUCACAAGCAGACAAGCUCUUAGCUCCACUAUCAGAUAGUGAGGACACAACGUCACACUCUCCUGACACUGAUGAUGAAGACUCUAAAGAUGAUAAGACAUGUCACACUGACAACACACACCUCACAUGUUCUCUCUGUGACAGUACUUUUAAAUACCAUUGUCAUCUGAAAGUACACAUGAGAACACACACUGGAGAAAAACCCUUUUCAUGUUCAAUCUGCGGGAAAGGUUUUGUUAUAAGUCAGUGUUUAAAAGUACACAUGAGAAUACACACUGGAGAAAAACCUUUUUCAUGUUCAAUCUGCGGUAAAGAUUUUACUCAAAAUCACCAUUUCAAAGUACACAUGAGCAUACACACUGGAAAAAAACCUUUUUCCUGCUCAGAAUGUGGUAAAAGUUUUGUAAAAAAUCAAAGUUUAAAAGUGCACAUGAGAACACACACUGGAGAAAAACCUUUUUCAUGUUCAAUCUGCGGUAAGGAUUUCACUCAAAGGCACAGUUUAAAAGUACACAUGAGAACACAUACUGGAGAAAAACCUUUUUCAUGUUCAAACUGCAAUAAAUAUUUCACUCAUAGGCCAGAUUUAAAAGUACACAUGAGAACACACACUGGAGAAAAACGUUUUUCAUGUCCUAUCUGCGGUAAAGAUUUUACUCAGAGGCCACAUUUGAAAGUACACAUGAGAACACACACUGGAGAAAAACCUUAUACAUGUUCAGUAUGUGGUAAAGGUUUUAUACAAAAACAGCAUUUGAAUGUACACAUGAGAACGCACACAGGUGAGAAAGCGUUAAGUUGCAGUGUGUGUGGUGAAAGAUUCUCUUCUAAGUCCCAGUGUAAGAAACACAAGUGUGCUGGUGAGAACAGCAGCAGCAAAUGAAGAUGCAGGAUUUGAAAUAAACUGUCAAAACUUGAACUUUGACUUUCUAACAACAUCAGCACAUAUAACAUGUGUGACAUCAUUGUUGUGUGUGUAACACAAUCUUGUUAAUAUGAUUCUAACAUUUAUAGAUUAGACACUUCAGAUUAGUGCUUUUAUUUCAGUCAAGUACAUGAGUUAAUAUACACAUUUGUGUGCUUUAAAAUGAACACAACAAUUUGACUGAAAUGGUGAGAAUAAACAGUACAUAAAAUAUGUUACAUACAAUAAACAUUUUAAGUGUAGAUAUUCAUAAUUAACUUCCAUACUUAAUCACAAAAGUGUUUUUGUAUAGGUUUUUCGAAAUAAUCAACUUACAUAUUUUACUGAACAGGUGAGAAAAAACAGUAUAUAAAAUAUGUUACAUACAAUAAACAUUUUAUGUUUAGAUAGUCAUAAUUCACUUUUAUACUUAUUCAUAAUAGUGUUUUAUAUAUGCUUUCUGAAAUAAUGAAGUGUUACAUUUUUUAUUGUCUAAUAGUAGAUGAUUCAUAGAUGAACUCCUUUAUAUGAUGUACAUAUUUGUUUUACAUGUGUUCAUACCUUUGCUUUUGAGUACACAUAAAUCCCUCUUAGUUCAUAUUUACUGGUUCACAUCUGAAACAUCUUCUGGACCACUUCUGGAAGCAUAUUAUUAUUUACUUUAUACAUCAUUUGAACAGUUGUCUUUUAUACAAGAUAAUUUUCUUUUAUAAUGUGUGACUUUAUGAAUCAUUUGUUGGGUCUCUAUAAUCCAUUCUAUUAAUUAUCUUUAUUACUCUCUUGUGUAAUAUGAAUAUUGUUGUGUGAUUGUUUUAUAUGUAUGUCCCCAGACCUUUAUGCAAUAAACAAUGUAUGCUUCAACUAAAGUUGGAUACAAUAAUUGUAGUUAAUAUUUGUAAGUAUGUAUUUUAUUCUAUUUAGUAUUGCACUCCAUUUUUUUAUGUUUUCUUUAUAUGACUUACAUGUAGUGUCCAGCUUACUUCAUCAUCUAUAUUAACUCCUAAACAUGUGAUUACCUUUAUUCCUAUAAUUUCAAUAUUAUCCCUCGUAAUUUGUGUAAAAAACAUACUUUUGUUCAAGCUGCAACAAAAGCUUUUGUCACCUAAACACUCUUACAGCCCACAUGAGAACACACACAGGAGAGAAAGUGUUGAGUUGCAGUGUGUGUGGUGAAAGAUUCUCUUCUAAGUACCAGUGUAAGAAACACAAGUGUGCUGGUGAGAACAGCAGCAGCAAAUGAAGAUGCAGGAUUUGAAAUAAACUGUCAAAACUUGAACUUUGACUUUCCAACAACAUCAGC